UCCCAAUCCUCAAAUUAAAAAAUAAAAAAUAAAAGAAAGGGCUUAGCAUCUACCCAAUCUUCAUUGGCAUUGAUUCGGGUUUCCCAUUCAAAAUGCAAAAUCCUGAGAAAAGAAUGAUGACCCAUUACUUAUUUCUAUGAAUUUUGAGUUUUCUCUUUGAAUCUUGAAGGCUCUCUCCAAUUUUCACACCCAGUUUCUUUUUCCAUCCUGAAACCAUAGGAUUUUUUCAAAUUGAAAUCGUUAUCGUAGCUGCAUUAAAGGCAGUUUGACGAAUUGGGUUCAUAAUUCGACGAAUUUUCGUCAUACAUAUCCAAUUAUCUGAGGUUUCUUCUUUCUUCAAUCGAUCUUGUGUGAAGAUCCGAUUCCUAAAUUAUUGGUAUAUUUCAAUUCCCUUAAUUUUGUAUUCAUUUGAUAAUCGGCUUUGAAAUUCGACGAUGUACUAUUCGCAUCCGCCGCCGAUGCUGGUGAACUGCUCCGGCUGCCGGACUCCUCUCCAGCUCCCGCCAGGAGCUCCGUCGAUUCGGUGCGCUAUAUGCAGGACUGUGACACAGGUCAUGGACCCACGAGCUGUCCCUCCGCCGUCGCCUUCUCACACGACUCCGCCGGCUCCGGUUCCAUCGCCCUACAACCAUGCGCCACCAGGACCUCCAGCCCACCCGCAUGGCCGUAAAAGGGCUGUGAUCUGUGGGAUCUCAUAUAGAUACUCGAGACAUGAGCUCAAGGGCUGCCUUAACGAUGCUAAGUGUAUGCGUUAUCUUUUGAUCAAUAAAUUCCAUUUUCCAGAAGAUUCUAUCCUUAUGCUUACAGAAGAAGAAACUGAUCCAUACCGAAUUCCCUACAAAAGCAACAUUAGAAUGGCAUUGUAUUGGCUAGUACAAGGUUGUCAACCAGGUGACUCCUUGGUUUUCCAUUAUUCCGGACACGGUUCUCGCCAAAGGAACUAUAAUGGUGAUGAAGUAGAUGGAUAUGAUGAAACUCUCUGCCCUCUGGACUUUGAAACUCAGGGAAUGAUUGUUGAUGAUGAAAUUAAUUCGGCAAUUGUUAGACCUCUUCCUCAAGGUGUAAAGCUUCAUGCAUUUAUAGAUGCUUGCCAUAGUGGCACCGUACUAGAUUUGCCAUUUCUAUGCAGAAUGGGCCGGAGUGGACAAUACAUGUGGGAGGACCAUCGUCCACGAUCUGGAGUAUGGAAGGGAACGAGUGGCGGAGAAGCUAUUUCUUUCAGUGGCUGUGAUGAUGACCAAACCUCUGCUGAUACUUCUGCUCUAUCAAAGAUAACAUCAACAGGUGCCAUGACUUUCUGCUUCAUCCAAGCAAUCGAGCGGGGACAUGGAACUACAUAUGGAAGCAUACUGAACUCGAUGCGAAAUGCCAUAAAAAAUGCUGGUGGUAGUGGUGACAUUAUUGGUGGCACUGUGACGUCUUUGGUCUCCAUGCUUUUGUCUGGAGGGAGCGCUGUCGGUGGGCUCAGACAGGAGCCGCAAUUAACCGCGUGUCAGCCAUUCGAUGUUUAUACAAAACCUUUCUCUCUGUGAUUUCCUUUUUCUUGAUUGAUCUAGAAGAGGUGAUGAUUCAAGGUUACAUGUGGAGUAGAGUUAUACCUAUAUUGGCCUAUUUCUACAUUUGAUUGAUAUAGCUUGUUCAAAUUUUAUGCUCACGAUGAUGGGAAAAUUAAGGCAAAUUGAAAAGGCAAAUUGUAGUGUACAUGGAUUGAUGAUAUAGUACUACUACGUGUUCGAAUCUUCCUUGUUA